GAAUCCACACGGUAAAAAUGGUGCGCGUAGGAAUAAUUUUAAUCGCUUUUUGCAUUUGCCAAUUUUCUGUUACAAAAUCGAAAGGAUACACCGAUGCUGAUGGAAAGCCCGCGUGUACAACUGCAAUUCCCGAAUCGGAACGAGUAGAUUGUGCCGGAGAUGUGGAGGCAGCCACAGAAGGGAUUUGCAGAUCUCGAGAUUGUGUUUGGUGCCCAGUCGAUACCCCAAACAUGCCUUACUGUUUUCAUGAUAAUACUUCGAUAACUGCAUAUAGAGACUUCUUAGACGGUCAGUGUUCGUCGUGUAGUUAUUGCCCGUAUUCAAAGGAUUGCCAUCCCGAACCAGGAGCGACCGAAGCAAAAUGCAAAGCCCGGGGUUGCCAAUGGUGCAGUUACCCUACUGACAUAUCUUGUGGCCCGAUGUGCAUGUUCGGGGGUGGAAUUGAACUGGCUGUUUCAAGACUGAGAUGUGAAAACUGCACAUAUUGUAAUGAGCGUCUCGACUGCCACCCAGAGACCGGUGCAGAUCCAGGGAAAUGCAUCACUAGAGGGUGUCGGUGGUGCCAAUCAACCAAUUCCAGCCUACCGUCAUGCGUUUUCUCCGACGUACAAAAUUUGGUAGCGGAAGCAAGAUCUCUCUGCAACACUUGUGCAAGUUGUACUGCCCGUGUUGAUUGCCACCCGGAAGCCGGAGCCACAAGCAGUUCGUGCCUCGCUAGGAAUUGUAUUUGGUGCCCGACUGAUGAAGAGGACCAGCCUUACUGUUUAUAUGGAGGAUCUACAUCGUUGACACAGAAUUAUUGCCGUUCUUGUGACGUCUGCAAUACAAAGUUACCUUGCCCGCCUGACGUAGACGACCCAACUCAGCUUCAAUGUGAAUCCUACGGAUGCCUGUGGUGCCCGUUCAACAGCUUUGGGUCCACUAAGUGUGUUCAUAGACUUUCUUAAGAAGACAAUAUGUUGAAUGGAGCAGAACAUAGCAGUCACAUUUCAUUUUUAGUUUUCCUGUCUGUGUUUAUGACAAUGAUAUUCUCAUUUACCGGUAAAUAUUCUCUUUAAAAUGGAGAAACAAUAUUUAUUAAAAAAAGCACUCGAUUAUUCGAUAUUAUGUAAUAUAUACAAAUUAUGUU